AUGUCUAUCAUGACAAAGCUCAGCCUGCGCGAUAAUCACGUUGCGACUCUACUUUUGGCCAACUGGGCACUCGCAUAUGUUUUUAUGAGCACCAGAUACACCAAAAUAUAUCUUGGAAUAGACAACAAUGUCGCACCGCGUGAGGGCCUGGCGACAAGGGGUGAAGAUGCUGUCAAGUCGGGCAAGAUCAGUCAGCGGACUCUCAACAAGUUAAAGCGCCAGGAGGCCGCACAUGCCAAUGCCGUUGAGGGAUAUACCGUGUUUGUCGCUGCAAUUUUGACAGCGGCUUAUGCUGGGCUCCCUCAUAAGACUAUUAACAAGAUCGGCUUGUGGUACACAUUGUCUCGGGUCGCCUUCAGUCUGUGCUAUUCACACAUUGAGACUCAGUCGUUGAGUCUUCUUCGUUCGCUGGCAUGGUGGUCUGCUAACAUCAGCUGUAUAACUGGCCUGGUGCUGGCGGGUAAGAAGCUCAAGUGA